AUGAUGCUGGGGAAGCAGAGAUCCGGGCGCCCGUCGCCGGCGGCGGCGCGGCAGCAGCAGAACCACAUGCGGCGGACGACGAGCAUGACGGAGUUCGCGGCGCCGGACGUGCUGGCGGACGUGGCGGAGGAGGAGGACGAGGAGCUGCAGCUGCUGCCGGCGCACGCGGAGGCAGCAGCAGCAGCAGGGGAGGCGGCGGCCGAGCUGGAUGCGGACCCCUACGGGUGGGCCAUCGGCGGCGCGGCGGCGGCCGGGCGGGCCGACUGGUUGGCGGCGUACCGCGCCCGCGCGGCGCCGGCGCUGGCGGGGCUCCGCCGGAACUCGGCCGACUUCUCGGCCGCCGAGACCGCCGCGUUCCUCCGCGCCUGCGGGCUCUGCAACCGCCGCCUCGGACCCGGCCGCGACACCUUCAUGUACAGGGGCGACACGGCGUUCUGCAGCCUCGAGUGCCGGCAGCAGCACAUCACGAUCGAGGAGUGGAAGGAGAAGUGCGCGCUCGCCACGCCGCCGCCGGCGUCCGACCCGGUGGUGCCGCUACCGCCCAGCGGCGCGGGCUCCGACAAACCCGGCACGGUCGCCACGGCCUCCUGA